AUGGCUAAUGCUACCAGCUUCAAACGAGUGUUAUUCAUAGCCAUCGGCGUGCUGGGCUUGGCUACCGGGAUGGCACCGCCGAGUGACUCGACUCUGGUGGGGGAGGGUAGUAGUAGCAGCAGCAGCAGCAAAAGGCCGCCUAUAGUAGGAGCUCAGUUCAAUGUAACCGAUCUAGGCAUGCUGUCCGGUACUGAAGGCGUUAUGGCUAGGGUAUCCAACCUUUUCACUGAUAACGGAACUCUGAGCCUCUGUGCUGCCAAGGCCGUUGAGGUCGUCUAUAUUGCUACGUCCAAGGCCAAAGCGGCUGCUGUUGUCGUAGGGGAGGGAAUGUCGGGAGCGAGCAAGCGCAUCCGCCCGGUGAUGGCUGAGGUUGGAGCCCGCGCGGGCGAACUGUGGACUAAGGCGAGGCCUGUGAUCCAGUAUGCUAUGGUGGCUGUAGAGAUGGGAUGCGAGGUUAUGGUCAAGGAGGUCUUCCCAAUGGGGAGGGACAUAGCGUUGGAGGUGGGCGGUUGGGCGAACAAGGGCAUACAGUACGUGGCGGAUCCAGCUAGGGGGAUAGUCUGUACUGGUCUUGGUGCAAUUGGAAAGGCAGUAGUGAGGGCGGCAUCAGUGGUGGCCUUCUCUGGGCAGUACUGGUGGUACUCCACAAUACUACCAUCGCUGCUGAAUGCUCAAUCGAUUGCUGAUGACCUCAUGCUUACUGUGACCUUGUUGUUGGAGAGGUCUGGCCCUCCUAUCAUGGGGGGCAUGGCGGACAUCUGCGGCAGAGCUGGAGAUGCUGUCAGUCGUCUGCUACUCGCUGUAAUCCCUAGAGUCCUCGACGCUGCUGCUUCCAUCGGUGCUACCGUGAUGGCUAUCCAUAGUAAGAUGCCCUCCGCCUCCAGUGGUCUGGACUUACUGAUACAGAAGGGUGUUGAGGCAGGCUUGUGGGUUCACUCCCAGCUACCAUUGGCUUGCAGUGCCCGCACGCUGAAUUCAGUGAUGACCUCACCUUUGGACUCGAAGUGGGCACGUGUGCUGGCAUCCGCGGACAACUGCACCACGGUUGGAGCUGCUAUAAGGCAGUGGAGGGCGGCUUGGCAUCCCGAUGCUCGCUUGAAUGGUAGAGGCAAUAACGACUCUAGGCUCAUCGAUUGUACAGUGGAGGAGAUUCAAGCUGGCUUUCAGUCGGCGAGCUCUACUGCCGAUGAUAUCAAAGCUGUCGCAUGCGGCGAUGUGAAGACGGACGGUGGUAUGGCCAGAAUGGAGACUAGAGCUAUCCUGAAGCAGGUCGCGGUGGCCAUUGGUGCGCCCUUGCUGCAGCAUGUAUCGUCGGGUGCGGCUUUCUCUGAGUCCAAGUAUUUCAACGGCUCGACGAACCUCAGCUCAGGGGAGAUACGACGAGGUCUCAACAGUUCCUCUGUGGAGGCUAAGCUCGAUGCUAUGCGGCGCUUGAUGGCAGCAGAGGCAUCCUGUGACGUAUGCAUUGACCUUUUCAGCGAGGUGGUGAAGAACAUGUCAACCACAAACCUCGAGCUCAAACGACUGGUGUACAUAUGGAUCGUAUCCCAUGCAGAGUCGAGGAAGGAGCUUGCCUUGCUCAGUGUCAACUCUUUCCAAAAAGACUCUGUUGAUAGUCGUAGUGCUCUGGUUAGGGCUGCCAGUAUUAGAAGUAUGGCGGCGAUAAGAGUCCUCGAGAUGAUACAGGUGGUUAUGGCAGCUGUGAAUCAAGCUGCAGUAGACUCCUCAGCCUAUGUCAGGAAGUCGGUCGCUGCAGUAUGCCUUCCACAGGUAUUCGUGACGGACGUCGAUCAGUUUCCGUUGGUUCGGAAUCUCCUCAUUAAAAUGAUGGCAACUGAUGGGUCCGAGCUGGUUGUCGGCGCUGCAGCUAUGUCGUAUUUUGUUGUAUGCAUCAACCUGCGUCUCCACGUCAACGCUUGA